CAGCAGAGGCCUGCUGACAGGAACGACCUACGGUGACGACCCCUGUCUGUCUGUCGGAAACACCUUCAUUCAGUACAAGUACAACAACAUCCCCAGCAAAGAGUCUGAUGCCACAGCUGUUAACAUUCAGCCAUCCAUUUCAGCCGCUUGAAGAAGUGCUUGUGUAAUAGGCGGCGUUGACCUUCAUGCUGAAAGCUCAAUCGUUUUGAGGGUGUUGCCCGAUGGAUCAUGGUGGCCAGCUUGCGAGGGAGGACAGAGUAAUGUCACAAGUUGAAGUGGGAGAGGUUGACCUCUGUGAUAACCUUCCUAAAUCUGAAGAUCUCACUGCCCAAACUCGAAAUCUCAACGAGACAAACACACUCGCACAGAGACAAAAUGAAGAGGAAGGAGGGCUCAUACAAAAAGCCUCAGUCAACAACAAUGGGAAGGACGUGGAAGAGGAGCAGGGAAAGGCAGCAUGCACAGAAAGAGGUAGAGAGGAUGAGGAAGAAGACAUUGAUGAGGUGAUGAAGGAUGAAGAAGACGAGGAAGAUUCAGAGGAAUCAAGCUGUCUAAUGCGCUGCCAGUCUCCAGACACUCCCAUGACUGACUCCUCCUAUUCAGAAACAGGCAGUCUGCUGGAGACUCCAUAUCCCUUCAGCCCUGGGACCAGUCCAGAGCCUACAUCCCCUUUGGUGGUCAGUCCAGAGACCAUCAGUGGAGUGGAUCAGGGCCAGAGUGCUAUCAAAGGGGACUCUCAUAACUCUGAAUCAGUUGCCUCCACUACAGGGUCCAAUACACUGGCACCCACCUUCACCACGGGGCCUAUUAAUUCUACUGCACCUACUUUAACCUCAGGCACCUUCCCACCUGGGACUACAUGUCUCACAGAAGCUGCAGACAGAAUAGCAAAAAAUACUGACUUCCCUACAGAACAUCUUACCUCUGAGCCAUUUACAGGAACUACUUGCACUACGAGGAAUAAUACUUCCAUUGCUUCCACCCCUCUGAGUUCAACCACGGGACCCCUUAACACACGGCCUACGACUGCAGGCCCAGAAUCCACUACCACCACAGGACCUUUGAGCUCCAGUUGGAAACACAUUACCUCCACUCCAGUGCCCACUUGUCUGUCAGACUCCACCGGGCCUAUUCUGAGCUCUGCACUGCUGAAGUCUCUGGAGGAGUUGGCACAAAGAGGAGAUGACAUCCGCCUUCCACAGUACCUUCACCAGAUUGCCGAGACCUUUGUCUUUCACAAAGACUACCAGCGGGCAUUAUGGUGCAUUCAACUAGAGAGACUCUAUCACCAGAGAGUAUUGGACAACUUGAAUGCACUCCAAGGGCAGUGGGAGAGUCAGUGUAGAAGUUCUUCCUCCGACCUGGAAACCCACCAUCUGGACACUCUUACAAACAUCUGCCAGACACACAGUCGACCAGGAGCUACAGAUGCUGGGUGUGCAUCUCUGAAACCUUCGAGACCUAUCUUUGAACAAAGUGGUUUGCUGCCUUCAAGUACCUCAGUCCAUCAAAUUGAUGAAUGGAUGGAGCCGAGAGGCCAUGACUCCUCCUCCCCUCUGAGCAGCCCUCCGGUCGGCCCGUCCAUUCAUUUGACGGAUCACCUCGAUUCCCCUGAGAUCUCAAGAAGAGAGAGGGAAGACCUGAACAGGGAAGCAUGUUUUCAUGGAGAUCAGCUGACCGUCAAGCAAGGCAGUGACGGUGAGGUAGGAGAGGCAGAAGGAGGGGUAGAACAGACCACGUCAGUCAUUGGAAAUGGACUACACCCCUCUACAGAUGGAGAAAUGGAUCAGUCCAAGCCUGCAGAGCAGCAGGGAGGAGAUUUAGGUCCCGCACAGGAAAGGGAAGCAAAAAAAGACGAAGAGGAGAGUGACCUGGAGAAGGCAGCCGAGGUCUUAGCGAUGGAGGAGGAGGGAGAGGAAGAAGAAGAGGAGAAGGAGAGGCAGAAGAAAAGACAGAAGAAAAGAGACGCUCCUUGGUGUCAGGAAGCUCUCCCAGUGGAGACUCUGGUCAGUGGGGCAGAGGUGGAGCUACAGCAGGAAGCCCGCGCUGAGGAGCAGCUGCGCGAGGAGACCCAGGAGAGCACUCAAACCGGCCUGCCCCAGGAGGCCCGCCUCCCUCAAGGGGAUCGUAUGGAGCAGCAGGAGCAGGCUGAGGAGGAGGAGGAGGAGGAGGAGGAGUACGAAGAGGAGGAGUACGAAGUGGAGCAAAUUAAAAUCAUCAGUGAAGCUGCCUCACUGGACGACAUGGCUAAACUCAUCACUGUACAGCAGGUGUGUAUCUUAUCUUGCUCUGCUGUGGAUCG